AUGGCUUUGCGCUCCAUCGCCAGAAAGUUGCCGGCCCUCGGUGCCAGGUCGCCGCCGAUGGGCCCCCGUAUCGGGCCGGUCCACGCGCUCUCGCCGGCGGCGGGUUCUCGCCUCAUGUCCCACGGUGGCAGUGGCACGGGGGGACAAGUGGUUUAUUCUGAUGAUGAUAAAACGCUGGCCAAACAGCGUGAGGAAAUAAAGCGCAUGACUGCAGAGUUUGACCAGAGUAUGAAGGAUAUAUCCAAGAAUUUGGAUGAUAUGGAUUUAGCUGAGAGGCGUAGCAAGGAGGACUUGGCAAAUUUCCACAGGAGGCUGGAUAACAUGCAGAAGGUGGUCAAUGUUGCUCUUAUUGUGCUGGUGCCUACAAGCAUUAUGAUUUUUUUGUCUCUGUAG